AUGCAUUUAACACCAUUGGAAGAAGCCGCAUCUGGUGCUUUGGCUUCAGCCAUUGCGAACUCCUUGGUAUAUCCUUUAGAUUUGUCCAAAACCCUUAUUCAAACUCAAGUUGUGAAACAAGUAACUCACACAGAAGACCUUCCUCCAACACCUUCUAGUGAAAGUGAUAAUGAAACAGCAGGGGUAUCAUCAACUAAAUCACAAUUAACCAUAAAGCAUAAGUUGAAGUAUAAGAAUACUAUAGAUGUGCUUCAACAAAUUUACAAGAAGAAGGGCAUUUUGGGCUGGUACCAUGGGCUUUUCAGUCUGAUUUUUGGUUCCGCCGUAAUGAAUUUCUCAUAUUUCUAUUGGUAUUCACUUAUUAAAAAGAUUUAUCAUAUUCUUUAUAAGAAUGCCAAACCAAAUACUGCUACUCAAUUAGCGUUAGGUGCUCUUGCAGCCGCUGUUUCACAAUUAUUCACCAUGCCAGUUGGUGUUAUAACUACUCAACACCAAACAGAUAAACACCAUAGAGGAAUUCCUGCUUUAAUUAAGGAAGUCUUGGAACACGAAGGUGUCACAGGUUUAUGGAAAGGAUUAAGAGUGUCUCUUGUUCUUUGCAUUAACCCAUCAAUUACAUACGGUUCUUAUGAACGGUUGAAGCAAGUAAUCUUCCCUGGUAAAGAAUUCUUGGGACCAUUGGAAGCAUUCGCAUUAGGUGUUAUGGCUAAACUGUUGGCUACAUUGGCUACACAACCAUUGAUUGUGUCUAAAGCUAUGCUUCAAAAGAAGACCAAUCCUAAACCUCUGCCCAUGACACCUUCUUCAUCAGUAGAUGAUCCUAAAGAGUUGAACAAGUUACCUAUACGUAAUGAUGAUCUUGAACACGACGAUGUCAAAUUCGAUCACUUUACUGAAUGCUUAGCCUAUUUAUGGCGCACAGAGAAAGUAAGAGGAUUAUACAAGGGUGUUGUACCACAGUUAAUCAAGGGUGUUUUUGUCCAAGGUUUGUUGUUUAUGUUUAAGGACCAAUUAGAUGUAUUCUUCCUCUUCCUAUUGAAAUUGAUUAGGUCAAAGUCCCAUUAG